CAGAAACUCGGAUAAGGCAACGUUUCGACCAUCUACGAGAGUUCGCGUGUAAUCGACGUAGAUAGCGUGUGUUCUUGUUUGGCAUCGGUGAAAGCGACGAAACGACAAGUAUUAUUAGAAGAUCGUCAUGUCGAAGAAUGUCGUCCAACCGGGGAAGCUCGAGUUCAAAAUGCUGACCAGGGACAAAAUUGAAGAGGCCAUGAUGGUCCAGGCGCAGACUAUGAAACAGGAAUGCCUAGCUGUGGGAUUGGGAAUGCUGGAAGAACCUGGAGCGCCGGAAGAGAUGCAGUUGCUCUUCAGAGAGAUCGUGAAAGACGGCGCUACGAUAAUCGCCGUGGACGAGGAAACCGACGAGCUAGCAGCGGUCGCCUUCAACAAGAUACACGCCCGGCCGAGGGAAGGCGUCAAGGAUCAGCUGGAAAUCUUCAUGGAGCAGAACAUGAGACAUCCAACGUGUCUCGGACUGAUCAGGCUUCUCGAUGGCAUAGAAACUAGCGUGAACAUUUAUAAGAAGUACAACGUGAACGGAGCGAUGGAACUCUUUUAUCUCGGGACGAAUCCGCGGUACCAGGGCCAAGGAAUCGGCAGCCAGAUGAUGAAGAAGUGCAUCGAGUUCGGCAGAGGGCUCCUGAACGGCACCGCGAAGAGGAACUCGAUCGACGGGCCCAUCGUCAACGAGCACGUGCUCCCGGAAGUGAUAUUCGGGGUGUUCGCCUCGAACUACAGCCAACGGAUCGCUGAGAAACUGGGCCUGGAAUCCCUGCACGUGAUGCAUUACGAGGAUCACGAUUUCGCCGGCAGAAAACUAUCAGAGAGGAUCGGCGACGUUCACAGAACCGCCAAACUGCAGGCGCUGAAACUCUGAGAGGCCCUAGAUUUCGUGUCGCGCUAGAACCAACUGUAAGGAGGCCAAGGCUGCCUUGUUUGGUCUGUCGCGGCUGAAUCGCGUCGAUAAGUAGUUGAAAUUAGGCCGCUUAUACAGUUUACUUCCCCUCCACUCAGAGCACUGCAAAAAUGCGUGCAUUUCCAACGUAACGAGUAGUUUUGCGUCGUCGUAUCUCUGAAUCGCGGAGAUGGGAAAGAUAAAGGAGAAGAUUGUACUAAAUUGUGAACUAUAUGUAAUGUAGGUGGGAGUAUGUUCAAGAAAAAUUUCUUUCUUCAGUUAUUCUGUUCAAUAAAAUCGAGUGGGCCUGUUGAGUCAACCGCUCCAUAAAGUAAUAGUUGUAAGAUUAAUGAACAAACUGCGGAUGUUUAUGCAUUUGUGGGAGAUUUUAAUUUUCGAAGAACCACAUAAUGCACUUGAUAUACAAAAAUAUAAGAAAUACUUAAAGCAAGA